ACAGGUGGAGCCCGAGAGGUCACAGAGCUGAGUACAGGGCUUGGAGCUCCGAGCUCCCAGAAACCAUGAGUUGGUCCUUGCACCCACGGAGUGUAAUCCUCUACUUCUCCUCUCUCUUACUGCUCUCUUCAACCUGCCUGGCAUAUGUCGCCACCAGAGACAACUGCUGCAUCUUAGAUGAAAGAUUUGGUAGCUUCUGCCCUACCACCUGUGGGAUUGCCGAUUUCCUGUCUACUUACCAAACGUCUGUAGACAAGGACCUCCAGAUCUUGGAGGACCUCUUUCAUCAAGCAGAAAACAAAACAACAGAGACCAAAGAACUGAUCAAGGCGAUCCAGAUCAGCUAUGACCCGAGUGAACCAGCAAAGCCAAAUAUGAUAGAGACUGCUACGCAGAAUUCCAAAAAGAUGAUGGAGGAAAUCAUGAAAUAUGAAGCACUGAUUUUAACACACGACUCAAGUAUUCGAUUUUUGCAGGACAUAUAUGAUUCCAAUAAUCAAAAGAUCAUUACCCUGAAGCAGAAGGUGGCCCAGCUGGAAGCACAGUGCCAAGAGCCAUGCAAAGACACAGUGAAAAUCCACGACACGACUGGGAAAGACUGCCAAGACAUUGCCAACAAGGGGGCCAAGGAGAGCGGACUUUACUUUAUCAAGCCUCUGAAGGCUAAGCAGCAGUUCUUAGUCUACUGCGAAAUCGAGGGGAAUGGCAAUGGAUGGACUGUGCUGCAGAAGAGGCUUGAUGGCAGUGUCAAUUUCAAGAAGAACUGGAUUCAGUAUAAAGAAGGCUUCGGACAUCUGUCUCCUACUGGCACCACCGAAUUCUGGCUGGGGAAUGAGAAGAUUCACUUGAUAAGCACACAGUCUGCAAUCCCAUAUGUACUGAGGGUGCAACUCAAAGACUGGAAUGGCAGAACCAGUACUGCAGACUACGCCAUGUUCAAGGUGGGCCCUGAGGCUGACAAAUACCGCCUGACCUAUGCCUACUUCAUCGGCGGAGAUGCUGGCGAUGCCUUUGAUGGCUACGAUUUUGGGGAUGAUCCUAGUGACAAGUUCUUCACAUCCCACAACGGCAUGCAGUUCAGUACCUGGGACAGUGACAAUGAUAAGUUUGAAGGCAACUGUGCAGAACAGGACGGAUCUGGUUGGUGGAUGAAUAAGUGUCAUGCUGGCCACCUCAAUGGAAUUUAUUACCAAGGCGGCACUUAUUCCAAAGCAUCUACGCCUAACGGCUAUGACAAUGGCAUUAUCUGGGCCACCUGGAAAUCCCGCUGGUAUUCCAUGAAGGAAACCACUAUGAAGGUAAUCCCGUUCAACAGACUGUCCAUCGGAGAAGGCCAGCAGCACCACCUGGGAGGAGCCAAACAGGCUGGAGACGUUUAAAAGACGGUUUCAAAAGUGAUUUGCUUUUUUAAAGGACUUUAUCUGAACAGAGAAAUAGAAUAUUUUUCCUAUGGGACAAUGGACUUUCAAAGCCUCACUUCAUUCUAAGAAUAAACCAAACUCAUGUUGAAAACUCCAUUAGCAGUUUUAUGCCGGUGAUAAUUUAUCUACGUGCAUUUCAAUAAACAUUGUGUUUCCUAAGACUAGA